GUAGACUGGCUUGGUGAAAGAAUUUCCACAAGCAGCAACAACUCACUUGUGAAAGACCAGGGGUGUGCUCACUGCUCAGAGCUCUUCAGAGCAUUCUAUUUGGGGAAUUGAUAUUCUUUAUCACCAAAAAUGUUGAUUGGUGUCUGUGGCAGUAUCUGCUCUGGGAAGGGCACUGUGGCUCGGUAUCUGGUGGACCACCAUGGCUUCAGGCAUGUCUCUGUCGAUCCAAACGGAUCAAAGACACCUCGGGAACAAGGAAACGGCCAAGAGGCUGAGACUAGUGUCUCAAACACCCACCAGAGGAGACCAUCCGCCGCCGCCGCCAUGGUCUUCUCAACCUCAGAUGAGCUGCUUGAGUACGUGACCUCACGCUGGCGGGAACGGUGGGUGACGACAGACGUGAUGAGCAAAGAGGCCCUCGACGCGUACAGCAGACGGCCCUUCUUCCUCCUCAUCAGCGUGGACGCACCCCUCCUGGUCCGGUGGCAGCGCUACCAGAAGAGGAGACAAGAACUGGCGUCAGCCAGCGGCGGCGCCGAGCAGCAGCCCACCGAGACCCUCGAGGACUUCGUGACACUGUCAGACACACAGCUCUACCACCCGGAAAGGGGCCAGGCGACACACAUCUCGAGCGCCACGGUCCGGCUCCUCAACACCUCGAGCUCCCUGGCCCACCUGUACGUGAACCUGGGCAAGCUGGACCUCCUGAGCACGGAGCGCCUCCGCCCGGGCUGGGACAACUACUUCAUGACGCUGGCCUCGCUGGCGGCCCGGCGGUCCAACUGCAUGAAGCGGCGCGUCGGGUGCGUGGUCGUCUCGCACAACCGCCGCGUCAUCUCGACCGGCUACAACGGGACGCCGCGGGGGAUCCGCAACUGCGGCGAGGGCGGCUGCCCGCGCUGCAACACGGGCCUGGGCAGCGGCCACGGCCUCGCCACCUGCCUCUGCAUCCACGCCGAGGAGAACGCCCUGCUCGAGGCCGGCCGCGACCGCCUGCGCGGCGGCGCCGUGCUCUACUGCGACACGUGCCCGUGCCUGACGUGCAGCAUCAAGAUCACGCAGGUCGGCAUCUCGGAGGUCGUCUAUGCCUAUGGGUAUAGCAUGGACACGGAGACGGCUGCCGUGUUCAGGGAGGCCGGGGUUAAGCUGAGGCAGUUUGUUCCUCCUGCGAAUGGGUUGGUCCACCUCGAAAAGAUGGAGUUCCUUGCAUAAGUUAGAUCUCUGUCGGGUAAGAUCUUCGUGGGCCGCGACCUUCUUUGUUUUGCCGUGAGCAUGAAGGAGAUUUGAAUAGCCAUUGCCAGCUUUCGCAUUUGGCGGUUUGCGUCGUGUAGGGUAGCAUACUUUCUGUAGUCAAAAGCACUUGGUGUUUGCAGGAGCGCGCAUUUCUGGGUCACUGAUCAGGCAGAUGCCAAUUAAACCAUUGUAUCGUAUU